AUGGCUCUGCUCUUCCUGCUGGGGUGUGCAUUCUUCCCGCUGUGCUUUGCUGGCCUCUGUUGGGGGCUUCAGAACCAAACCAACUUGCAGAUGGAGAGGCAAGAGGCUGUUUUGGUGGCGUCAAAGCUGGUGUCCUCUGUCCAAGCCAUCAUGGCCUCCACAGCUGGCUACAUAGUCUCCACCUCCUGCAAGCACAUCAUUGAUGACCAGCACUGGCUGUCCUCGGCCUACACGCAGUUUGCAGUGCCCUACUUCAUCUAUGACAUCUACGCCAUGUUCCUCUGCCACUGGCACAAGCACCAGGUUAAAGGGCACGGAGGGGAAGACGGGACGUCCAGAGCCCUGGGCGGCACCUGGGCCGUGGUGCGUGGCUACCUGCACAAGGAGUUCCUCAUGGUACUCCACCAUGCGGCCAUGGUGCUGGUGUGCUUCCCGCUCUCGGUGGUGUGGCGACAGGGCAAGGGAGAUUUCUUUCUAGGCUGCAUGUUGAUGGCCGAGGUCAGCACUCCCUUCGUCUGCCUGGGCAAGAUCCUCAUCCAGUACAAGCAGCAGCACACGUUGCUGCACAAGGUGAACGGCGCCCUGAUGCUGCUCAGCUUCCUGUGCUGCCGGGUGCUGCUCUUCCCCUACCUGUACUGGACCUACGGGCGCCACGCCGGCCUGCCCCUGCUCUCAGUGCCCCUGGCCAUCCCGGCCCACGUCAACCUGGGCGCCGCGCUGCUCCUGGCACCCCAGCUCUACUGGUUCUUCCUCAUUUGCCGCGGGGCCUGCCGCCUCUUCCGACCCCGGGGUUCCCCACCACCCUCUCCUUGUCAGACUCAGGACUGAGGCUGGGGCCUGGGAACCCCUCCUCCCCAGCCCCCCGUGGAGACAGAGCUUUGGGGCCAGUGGGUGGUGGUGGGGGGUGAGAGCCAGGAGUCCCUUGCCCUGACAGCCCCAAGACAGAAGGACUCAGAACAGGGAGCAGCGAAACACCCUCAGGAGCUGAGGGCGGAUGACCGGAAGGGCAGGGAGAGAGGGGACCCGGAUGAAGAGCCCCUCCCGGCCUCUGUGCUAACAAAACGAAGGGAAGAGAGUGUGUCAGACAGUGUGCUGAGGUCUGGAGAGCUGGGCUCAGUGGGACCAAGGAGUCGAGGGACACGGGGGUGGCCCCGCUGCCAAGGACAUCCCAGCUCUGCUGCUGCAAGCCUCUCUCUGCUCCCCAUCCCCUGGGAGAAGGGAGACACCCUAACUCAUCCCAUGUGGGUCACGAGAAGGCAGGCGACCCCCACAGCUCCUUCCUCUGGAGACCAAUCUGAGGAACCUUAUUUAUUUAUUUAUUCGCCUAUCUCUAAUUUGUUGGGGUGCGGGGAGGGAGGUGAUUGCUCCCCUACACCCCCCCCCCCAGUGCUGAGCAACCCUGGGGGCAGGCACGGGCACCAGCCCCUUCUGUUAGGCUGCACAUUUUGCCCUCGGGCCCUGGCUUGUCCCUGGUGCUACAGACCUCUCACGGCUUCCUCCAGUCUGGGGUCACAGACCCUGGGAGGUGCUUUUACAGACCGCUAAUAAAGACGAUCUUCGUGAACGCCA